GGAAGCCGGCGCCGCUCAGCUGACAGGCGCUGCCGGGCCGGAGCGGGAAGAUGGCGCUGCGGCCGGGACCCGGCGCGGGGGGCGCCGGCGGGGCGGCGGGCGGCGCGGGCGGCGGAGCAGCGGGGGCCGCCAGCUUCAUGUUUCCUGUUGCAGGUGGUCUGGGCCCCCCUCAAGGGAUGAUUCCUAUGCAACAACAAGGAUUCCCGAUGGUUCCUGUCAUGCAGCCCAACAUGCCGGGCAUGAUGGGCAUGAAUUACGGUUCUCAGCUGCCUCCUGGCCCCAUGACCAUGCAGGGCGGCAUGGCCUUGGGGCCGAUGCCAGCGACCGGGAUGCCUUACAUGGGCCAGGCGUCGUUCCUGGGGAUGCGCCCGGCAGCCCCCCAGUACAGCCCGGACAUGCAGAAGCAGUUUGCUGAGGAACAGCAGAAGAGGUUUGAGCACCAGCAGAAAUUCUUAGAAGAAGAAAGAAAACGGCGCCAGUUUGAAGAGCAGAAACAAAAGCUGAGACUCCUAAGCAGCGUGAAACCCAAGACAGGUGAAAAAAGCCGGGACGAUGCUUUGGAAGCCAUUAAAGGAAAUUUAGAUGGUUUUUCUAGAGAUGCUAAAAUGCACCCAACACCAGCAUCACAUGCAAAAAAGCCAGAUCAUCCCACAUCAUCCCAUUCUGCUGUAUCUGUUUCCCACUCUGCCUUCCCCGAUGAUGAAGAAUUUAGUGACUUUAUCCAAGGGCCCGUUGAACCCCCCCGCGUGGCGCCCGCAGCCGCCCCCCAGCCUCUGCAGCCCACGCGCCCUGCUGCCGAGGCCGGGCAGCGCCUUUCCCCGCAGGCUGUGCCCCAGCCUGGCCCUCCAGCCCCGGGGUUUCCCAUCCCGCAUGCUGCAGCUGGCCAGGGUCCUUAUUUCCCUACCUCUGCAUCUUCACCCAGUAUCCGUAAAACAGGCUCUUCCUUGGAGGAGAAAGUCUUAGAUAAUGGCUCAAAUGAAUCUGAACAAGAGCAAAGCAAACUUAAAACAUCCGAAGUUGGGCACAAAGCCUCGGCUGCAAGCCACGGUCAUCCCAGUCUGCCCAUCACUGGCUGGGAUGAUGUAGGUGCACACGAAAGGGGUCCCACUGCUGCAGAGGUGCACAAGGCUUCAGAACAAAACAGAGCAGUUGAAGAGUGUGGAGUUGGAGUGUUCCCUUCACAGGACCCCAUUCAGCAAAUGAUGCCUCCUUGGAUUUACAAUGACAGCUUGGUCCCAGAGUUGUAUAAGAAAAUUUUAGAAACCACUUUGACUCCUGCCGGCAUAGACACAGCGAAACUCUAUCCCAUACUGAUGUCGUCUGGGUUGCCCAGGGAGACCCUUGGACAAAUCUGGGCGUUAGCCAACCGCACGACCCCCGGGAAGCUCACCAAGGAGGAGCUCUACGCCGUCCUGGCCAUGAUCGCCGUCGCUCAGAGAGGAAUGCCUGCAGUGAGUCCUGAUGUGCUAAACCAGUUUCCAGCUGCCCCCGUUCCUACUCUAACUGGGUUUCCGAUGGCGCUGCCCGGCGCGGUGAGCCAGCAGCCCCUGCUGCCCUCGGCGCCGCCGGGCUCCGUGCCGCUCGGCAUGGGGCCGAGCGUGCUGGGGAUGAACGUGCCGGCACCGGCCGGCGGAGCUGCGGCGCAGCCCUCGGGAGCCUUCCUGCCGGCCUUCCCGCCCGCACAGGUGGUAAAAGCAGAAGAUGAUGACUUCCAGGAGUUCCAAGAUGCUUCAAAGUCUGGCUCCCUGGAUGACUCCUUCACUGAUUUCCAAGGGGAUGGCGCUGGCUCCUCCAAAGCAGCUGGUUCCCAGCACCGGAGCAGCGUUCCUGCUUUACUGCUGCCCCUCCCAGGUAAUAAGACGCUCUCCUCAACUGAUAAGUAUGCUGCGUUUAAAGGAAUUGCGGCCGAGAAGCCUCCUGAAAGUACAGCUGCUUUUGGAGAUGGUGGAGACAAGUACAGUGCUUUCCGUGAACUGGAGCAGCCAGCAGAAAGCAAAUAUUUAGGAGAUAACCUUGGAGAAUUCAAGCCUGCAGGAACCGAUGAUGGUUUCACAGAUUUUAAAACCGCUGACAGUAUCUCACCGUUAGAGCCACCCACAAAAGACAAAGCUUUCCCCACGUCCUUCCCUUCUCUGCCCGUUCAGUCCAAACAGCAAACACAAGCAAAGACCUCUUUGAAUCUAGCAGACUUGGAUCUCUUUUCCUCCACUGCAGAAAACAAGCAGCCGUCCUUUCCACCCGCAUUUAAUACAACAAAAUCAGGCUCCUUUCCUCCGCCGCCCCUUCCGUCUACCACCGCCCAACCAGCACCCGGCAAAAGUUCAAGCUUAGCUGAUGACUUUGGAGAGUUCAAUCUUUUUGGAGAAUUUUCUAAUUGCACGUCAGCCAGUGGACAAGAUGACUUUGCAGAUUUUAUGGCUUUCAACAAUAGCAGUGGAUUUUCCGAACAAAAACCAGAUGACAAAUACAACGCACUUAAGCUCGAGGCCGGUCCUGCUGCUCAGUCUGGCUCGUCGGCCGGCGCGGUGAAGAGCGGGCAGAGUUCUGCCCCCACCGCUACGCCCACCAAGUACGAUAUCUUCAAACAGCUUUCUCUGGAAGGCGCUGGGCCGGGCUUCGAGGAGGCGAAGGACAGCACGCUUUCCUCUGGGAAGAGCGAUGAUGAUUUUGCUGACUUUCACUCUAACAAGUUUUCCUCCACGUGCAACAGCGCGGAUAAGUCACUGGUGGACAAGGUCGCAGCUUUCAAGCAGGCCAAAGAAGACUCUGCUUCGGUGAAGUCCCUGGAUCUGCCUUCCAUUGGCGGCAGCAGUGUGGGCAAGGAGGAUUCUGAAGACGCCUUGUCUGUUCAGUUUGACAUGAAACUGGCUGAUGUGGGAGGAGAUCUUAAGCAUGUCAUGUCUGAUAGCUCUUUGGAUUUGCCAACAGUUAGUGGCCAGCAUCCGCCAGCAGCAGAUAUAGAUGACUUAAAAUGUGCCCCGUUUGGAAGCUGUAACAGUGGGUCUGCAGUCAGCAGCCUGGCAAGCUAUGACUGGUCCGACAAAGAAGAUUUUCAGCAGGGCAAGAAGCUCUCGUCCUGCGUCCCGUCUGCAGGAAGCGGAUCCUCUGCGGCCACUUCUGUUCUGCAGAAGAAGGAGACCCUGUUUGGCAGUUCAGAGAACAUCACCAUGACAACAGUUUCCAAAGUGACAACCUUUUCUAGUGAGGAUGCUUUACAGGAUGUUUCCUUUGCAGCCUUUGCAAACUUUAAAGACUCUGGCCUGAUAUCCAGCGGUCCAAGUGACGAUGACAUCGGAGACUUUGGUGAUUUUGCGAGACCUUCGGCAGAAGCGCGGGACGCAGCAGCUGAGGCAAACCAAGAGGCAGACUUCUUCACCGGCGACCUCUCCUCUGAACUGCAGAGAGAGUCCACAGAUGACUUUGGAGAAUUCCAAAGCGAAAAGCCAAAAAUCAGCAAGUUUGACUUCUUGGUGGCAACUUCCCAAGGCAAGGUGAAAUCGAGUGAAGAGAUGAUCCGCAGCGAGCUGGCGACGUUUGACCUGUCUGUUCAAGGGUCUCAUAAAAGGAGCUUAAGCCUGGGUGACAGAGAAAUCAGUCGCUCUUCACCUUUACCCGCGGCGGAGCAGCCGUUUAGAGACCGUUCCAAUACUCUGAGCGAGAAGCCUGCCCUGCCCGUCAUCAGGGACAAGUACAAAGACCUGACCGGCGAAGUUGAGGAGAGCGAGAGGUACGCGUACGAGUGGCAGCGGUGUCUGCAGAGCGCCCUGCAGGUCAUAAAGAAAGCAAACGACACCCUAAAUGGAAUAAGCAGUUCAUCAGUUUGCACUGAAGUUAUCCAGUCUGCUCAAGGCAUGGAGUAUUUACUAGGGGUUGUUGAAGUCUACAGAGUAACCAAGAGAGUUGAACUGGGCAUCAAAGCAACUGCUGUUUGCAGCGAGAAACUCCAGCAGCUGCUGAAGGAUAUUGAUAAAGUGUGGAACAACCUCAUAAGCUUCAUGUCACUCGCUGCUUUAACGCCAGAUGAAAACUCCCUGGACUUCUCGUCCUGCAUGCUGCGGCCAGGGAUUAAAAACGCCCAAGAUCUCGCCUGCGGAGUUUGCCUCCUAAACGUGGACUCAAGGAGUAAAAAAGAAGAGAAACCUGUGGAAGAGCUUCCUAGAAAAGCCUUUAAUUCCGAAACGGACAACUUCAAGCUGGCGUACGGAGGACACCAGUACCACGCCAGCUGUGCAAACUUCUGGAUCAACUGUGUGGAGCCCAAACCUCCAGGUCUCAUUUUGCCAGACCUGCUCUGAAAUGGGUUGUGCUGAAGGGGGGCUGUAGGGCCCAAUAACGCAGGACGCGUGGGGUAAGCGGUGCGAUGGGUAAGCGGAAAGGCUGGAGGUGUGGGUCGGGUUUGAAGCGUUUAGUUUUGAUUUUUGUACCAUAGCGAGUUAAAGCCACUGUUGUAUAAAAAUUACUGGUAAAGAAUCUCACUUGAAAUGGCCGGGGUUUCAGAAAUAACCAGCAAAAAAGGUAG